AAAUAGAGUGUAGACGUGCUCCUCUGAGCAGCGAGCAUCGUGGCUGACAACAGAGCCACACCACGAGGAGCAUGAGAAGUUCAGCACAGGCCACCAUGGGCUCUGUUGGAAGCCAGCGUCUCAAGGAGCCCGGUGUGGUGGCCACCCCAGACCGGAGUGUGGGGGCAAGUUCCAGCUUCGACAACUUCCAGCUGGAGGCCACAGCAGAUGCGGUUCAGGACCAGGGUGUCAUGGUCAGGCGUGUCCCCACAUUCACAGACUCCGUGGCAGAGGAGCCGGUGCCCGACGACCGCUACCAUGCCAUCUACUUCGCCAUGCUGCUGGCUGGCGUGGGCUUCCUGCUUCCCUACAACAGUUUCAUCACCGACGUGGACUACCUCCACCACAAAUAUCCAGGGACCUCCAUCGUGUUUGAUAUGAGCCUCACCUACAUCUUGGUGGCCCUGGCGGCCGUGCUUCUGAACAACGUCGUCGUGGAGAGACUCAGCCUACACGCCAGGAUCAGCACGGGCUACCUCCUCGCCUUGGGCCCCCUGCUCCUGGUCAGUGUCUGUGACGUGUGGUUGCAACUGUUCUCUCACGACCAGGCUUAUGCCAUCAACUUGGCCGCCGUGGGCACCGUGGCCUUCGGCUGCACAGUGCAGCAAUCUAGCUUCUAUGGGUACACGGGACUGCUGCCCAAGAGAUACACACAGGGAGUGAUGACAGGGGAAAGCACGGCUGGGGUGAUGAUCUCUCUGAGCCGCAUCCUCACCAAGCUGCUGCUGCCGGACGAACGCGCCAGCACGCUCAUCUUCUUCCUGGUCUCCGUGGGCCUGGAGCUGCUGUGCUUCCUCCUGCACCUGCUGGUGCGGCGCAGCCGCUUCGUGCUCUACUACACCACGCGGCCACGCGACAGCCGCCCGGGCCACACCGGCUACCGCGUGCACCACGAUGUCACCACCGGGGACGUCCGCUUCGAGCACCACACCCCGGCCCUAGCCAGCGGCGGGUCCCCGAAGGACAGCCCAGCACACGAGGUGACCGGCGGCGGCGGCGGGGCUUACGUGCGCUUUGAUGUGCCUCGGCCUCAAGUCAAGCGAAGCUGGCCUACCUUCAGAGCCUUGCUGUUACAGCGCUACGUGGUGGCGCGGGUCAUCUGGGCCGACAUGCUGUCCAUCGCCGUCACGUACUUCAUCACACUGUGCCUCUUCCCCGGCCUGGAAUCCGAGAUCCGCCACUGUGUGCUGGGCGAGUGGCUGCCCAUCCUGGUCAUGGCUGUGUUCAACCUGUCGGACUUCGUGGGCAAGAUCCUGGCAGCUCUGCCUGUGGACUGGCGGGGCACCCACCUGCUCGCCUGCUCGAGCCUGCGCGUCAUCUUCAUCCCCCUCUUCAUCCUGUGCGUCUACCCCAGCGGCAGGCCCGCCCUCCGCCACCCUGCCUGGCCCUGCAUCUUCUCGCUGCUGAUGGGCAUCAGCAAUGGCUACUUUGGCAGCGUGCCCAUGAUCCUGGCGGCUGGCAAAGUGAGCCCCAAGCAGCGUGAGCUUGCAGGGAACACCAUGACCGUGUCCUACAUGUCCGGACUGACGCUGGGCUCUGCCGUGGCCUACUGUACUUACAGCCUCACGCGUGACGCCCACAGCAGCUGCUUCCAACCAGCGACUGCCAACGGCUCCAUCUCCAUCGGCCCCUGAGCACAGCCCGCCUGGCAGGCCCGGCCCUGCCUACUGCCUAGGGAGGGCUGCUUGGGCUGGUCACCUCAAAGCCUGAGGCCCCCCUCCCGCCCCUCGCCUCAGUGCCUGAGGGGGCCCCCUCCCCGGCCUCCUCCUAAGCCACUAACGCCACCUCGAUCCAGCUGCCCACUGCAGCUGGAACGUGUCUCCACCACCCAGGGCUCUCCUGAGCUUUGUGCUAGCGUCUGGUCACACACCCACACUUUACCUCCCAUCUGUGUUCAGGGGCCCUAGCACUAGCCAGGCCAAUGUGGUGGGGGGGGGGGGGCGGAAUCAAAGCCAGAAUGGUAGGUCCCCUUGCCGGUGGCCCCACGGUAGUCUCUGCUUCAACAGCCCCAUAGUCCUCAUGAGUGCUGAUGCCCCUAUUCAGGGCAGGGUACUCCCUCCUUGUAGACAUGAGAGGCCUUGGAAUAGAGGGGCAGUCCCCAGCCUCACUCCCCUAAGACCUUUGUUCUCUCCCACCUAACACUCAUUCCAGAAGACUCACAGCUCUCCGUCUUCAUCAGCCUCCCAGUGGCCACAGCAGUGGAGCUGGCCAGGAUGCACCCGCCCCAAACAGGAUCUCUCCCCCCACGCACACCCUCCCCAGAGCAUAGGCCAGGGGCCAAGCCUGGUGAGUCCUAAUCCCCCCCAACAUGCCUCCCUAGCUUCUCUCAAUCUAUCCUAUAACACAGGGAUAGCUGAAUUUGCUCUUGGCCCAGCCUUUAACCCUCUAUCCCCUGCCCACUGAGGCUCUAGGGGCUGGUCUCUAGAGCCCACGCAAGUAGCAAGGGGCUGAGUCACCAGACUGCUAAAUUGGCUCGGGAGCCACCUGUCAAAGACAAGUUGUCCACAGGAAGGGGUUACCUGCCGUUCCACACUCCUGGCCUCCGCUGUGACCACCCUGUGCCCACCAUCUGCUAUGUCCUGUCCACCUGUGUGCGCCCUCUACCACACUGGCCAUUAAAGAUGAUGGCAGAGACUGCCUGCCGUUGGCUCCCAA